AUGACUAUUUUAUUUUUAUCAUCCUAUUCAAGUAGUACAAUUAGUGAGAUAAAUAAGAAAAAAGGAUACAUCUCGUAUCUAAUCUUUCCGUUUAUUAAGAUUUAUAAAAAGUCAAUUUUACAUAUUGCCAAGAUAAAUGGUCUAAAUAAUUCAAAAAUAGUAUUAAAUCUCUAUGAUAAUAAAAAAGAUAUAUACUUUAUAAUUAAACUACUGAAAUAUAUUUAUAUUAAAGAACAAAAUAUAAAUAGAAAAAAAUGGAUCACAAACCAAAUAAAAAAAAUAACAUGUUUUCAAGAGUAUACAAAUGAAUCUAAUUCAGGCUUAGGAACAAGUGCCUUAAUAGACAAAAAGGAAAAUUUAAAGAAUUAUAUCUUUUUUGAGAAAGCUGAUAUAAUACCUACUUAUGAAAUGAUUAUUCCCAGAAAAAAUAAUAUAGAGACACUUAAUUUUUAUUGGAAAUUGCAAACUACAAAAAAUAAUAAAUUAGUUUCUUUAAAUAAAAGAUUGGGUUUUAAUAAACAUAGCUUGCGUAAAUACGAAGAUAAAGGAUUAAUUGAAAGUAUAUUUAAAAUGAAUGAUAAAAAAGAUGUUUACCAAUACAGUUGUUUUGCACAGAACUCUAAUAAGUGGUUACCUACAUAUAGUUCAAUUAUUUUAAGUCCGAGCUUUAAGGCAAAAAAUUUAAUGCUUACGAAACCAAAUAUAAAGGGAAUACAGAGAAAAAAUUAUAUGGAAAAUAAUAAAUUACUUUUAAUAAAUCAUUCCAGCUUAAGUUCUUCAAAUAUCUCUGCAAUAACUGACGUGAAUCCCAAUUGUAACAAGGGAAAGAUAGUUUCACCAGAAAAAAAAUGUAGGUCCAAAUUCCUUCAUGUGAGAAACUUAACAAAUAUAUUUGGUGAAGCUCCCGGAGGGAUUAUGAGAUGGAGCAAUUGCAACGAAAGGAAGGCUAGUUCUAGGAUUGAACACGGAAAGAUGAAACCGGGGAAACUUUUUUUUUCUCGUGCAAAUCUUCAGCAAGAAAAAGUAUUUGAAAACGACGAAACGCAAAGAAUUAGACUGAACGGUCCUUUCGGAUACAAAUUAGUAAAUUAA